AAAAUUGUUUCCCUUGUCCGCCAUUUGAAAUAUUUGAACUUCCUUGUGAUAACUUCCAAUGUACGUUUUGGUUUACACCGAACAAUUAUCAGAGGAUCUGGGCGAAUAGUCGUCGUUUUCGCGUCUAAUGUCCGUCGAGACCCCAGCGGCAGCGCUUUUCUGGCCCGAUUGAAGCGAUAAAGGUAGAAAACUGUGCGAAUGGUGCGCGUAUUCGAAACGUGUUCAACAACGGAACGCGGUAAAGUUUUUGCAUGAGUUGAACGCUGCUUGCGGAUAAGGAGAGGCGAAGGGAAGGCCUGUGAAGCCUCGGCUGUUUUCUUGUGCUAGUCAUGGCCGGAAAUUUUGAUUCGGAGGACCGAGGAAGCUGGUAUUGGGGGAGAUUAAGCCGGCAGGAGGCGGUUUCGCUGCUCCAAGGGCAGAGGCACGGGGUGUUCCUGGUGCGGGACUCGAUCACUAUUCCCGGGGACUACGUGCUGUCUGUUUCCGAGAACUCCAAAGUCUCUCAUUACAUAAUAAACAGCAUCAGCAGCAAUCGGCAGUCUGGACCGGGAAUCGCUCCUCCUCGGUUCCGUAUCGGAGAUCAGGAAUUUGAUGCCUUACCUGCCCUUUUGGAAUUCUAUAAGAUCCACUACCUGGAUACCACCACUCUAAUUGAGCCCAUCAGUAAAGCCAAGCACUCUUCCUUCAUCAGUGUCAACGCGGGAACAGGAGGAGCACCCCAGAGGCUGGAAGAGGAAUACGUGCGUGCGCUGUUCGACUUCCCGGGGAACGACGACGAGGACCUUCCGUUUAGAAAGGGCGAUGUUCUUCGUGUGCUGGAGAAGCCGGAGGAGCAGUGGUGGAACGCUCAAAAUUCAGAAGGUCGCAUCGGGAUGAUCCCUGUGCCCUAUGUGGAAAAGUAUCGGCCAGCCUCGCCAACAUCAGGGGGUCCUGGGGGAUCUGGCGGAGGACCUGGUGCUCAUGGCAACUCAGACGGCCACAGUUCUCAGUCGCCCCCUCUGCUUGGUGAGCCAGGCCAGUAUGCCCAGCCCACGUCUUUACCCAAUCUACAGAAUGGUCCGGUAUUCGCCCGGGCCAUUCAGAAGAGAGUUCCCAAUGCUUAUGACAAGACUGCUCUUGCUUUAGAGGUUGGCGACAUGGUAAAGGUGACCAAGAUCAACGUAAACGGGCAGUGGGAGGGUGAGUGCAAGGGAAAGCAUGGCCAUUUUCCCUUUACCCACGUCCGCCUGCUGGACCAGCACAAUCCAGAGGAUGAAUUGAGCUGAAAGAACAGACUGUCUUCCCUAGCAGCCCUUAGAUGUACACACAUGCGCGCACACACACACUCCAGCUCCUCACAUCCUCACAGCUCCUUUUCCUGUCAUUACCUUGUGCCAUUGUGUCAGUCAUGCCACCAUACGCGGUAUCUGCGACGAUUCCCUUGUUAGGUUUUAUGCAAUAAUCGAAGAUUAUUAUUAUUAUUAUAACACUAAAUUCACACACGCAACGCCAUAUGCUAUGGAGAGAGGGGGGGGGAUUUCAGUGUGUGGCUACUAAAAAAAAACAAAAUGAAAAGAUGCCUGCUUGGACUUAAACAUGAGCAGUUUGGUGUCUUAAAGGACUGUUCUUUGCUUAUCUGAAUGCGGUAGCACACACGACUAGUGUUUAGUACACAACAGCUUUCACAGGAAUUAAUAAGGCCUCUUCCACACUACAGAUCAUCUAGCACAUAUUCAGCGUCUAAGAAAGUAAUUGCGAAAUUGUUAGCCAUUGGCUUGUUAGUCACUACUCGCUCUUCAUUGGUCAGAUGGGCUGACUGGGGUGGUACACUCUGAAAAAGAGCCUGGAAAAAAAUGUACAAGAUGGAGCAGCCCAAGCCCUCACUGUAUUUCAUUUUAUUUAUGCACAACAGUUGUAAUGUAUACAUGACGGGCCACCGGUCACUUGGACACACGGUCCCUCGUUCAGCAUUAUUCACUACCGCUAAUAACUAUCAAUUUUACUACAUUAUUAUCAGGAAACGCUAAUUGCUCAUUUUACCAUUAUUGCUGUAUUUGUAAGUAUUACACUAAAUGCAGAUUUGUCGAAUGUGUAACUCUAAUUCUAGUAUCAGCUUCACAAAAAUGUCAACGGAAGACUAAGUUUCUGUUUUUUAAAUAAAAAGCCAACAUCAAUACUUUUCCACUCAAUUUUGCUAGUUUGUUUCUGCCAAAACAUCCCUCGCUACGGUUGAAAAUACAGUAAGCCUUCUUGCGCCCCAAACACUAUUAUAAUAUUAGAUAGGGAUAUUUCAAGAUCAGCCCAGUUAUAUUUACAACACUACAAUUUUAGGAAGUGUCACAUUACUGUGCAAAGCCUAACCUGAUGCUUCAAAUGUAUCCUCAGAAGGGAUUUUGCACAGGCGGAGCCUUUAUUUACAAUUGGUUUAAUGUAUCUGUAAUCGGGUUAUUGAUUUUUGUUUUUAAACGUAAAUCUACGUAUUAUUAUUAUAUUCUCUCUUAAUACAGAAGUAUAGUGUAUAUACCUGUAAUACCCAAAUAAACUGAAGAUAAUUUCUCAGACAGCAGACGACCUGUAGGCCAGAUCCGCGCCAAAGUCAGCAGCUCCAGUGGUGCAGAUCCGGCCCGGAGUCGUCUGCCGUCUGCGUUCCUAAUUCGCUGCCUGCCUUAAUUGCAGAUUGUUUAAUCAGCAAUGUGUUUAGUCAAAUUAAUGAAAUAAUAAAAAGGGGGAAAGGGUACAUUUUCUAUAACCUUGCAGGAUGCAAGUACUUCCGUUACCAUAUUAGUUAGGGAAUAACUUGAAUGUCUGUGGAGAAAUGUAUAAAUUAUAACACUAAUAGACAGGCAACCAGAACAACACUAUGAAAUGUUGAUGUUUUUACCCUUUGUUGUUACUUUUAAGUUGACUAACUUUGUUCAGUAACAAUGACAAUCACCUGGAAAUCCUUCUCACUUCUGUCGUCACAUCUAAAUGUUAGAAAGCUAUGUUGUCUAUAUGUGUAGGUUAGCAAAUUGUUGUCAUGAUGUGACAGCAAGUCAGCCAUGUUAUACAAUAUUCACUAAAGUCAUAACAAUUAUGAAGGACUUUGAUGUUCAUUAUGUGUCUUAAUAACUGUUUCAAUCAGAAAUGAAAUAUAUCUCUAAUAUCAGUCACAAAGCAACACUCACGUUUGUUCAUACCUUGCUUAUUUCUUUGUCUUGUGAGAAUGAAAACAUUGCUUUUAUCGAUGACUGGGUUGACUGAAUAACCCCCAAGUUAUGUCUGUACAUUUUAUCGUACCCAAAGUAUUAUGUUUAGAACGUAAAUAUCAACACAGUAAUUUUGUGGAAUUAAUCUUUGUGUUUAUCCUUUAUGUGCAUCCAAGUCUGUCAGAACAGUGUUUAAGCCACACAAAAACACCCACAUUUUUUGUUACGGUUUUAUUCCUGUACAUGAAAUAAAGUUGACCCCUAUAGUAAUGCUA